UUCUUGAUGAAACCAAGUAUGAUCUUAAUAAUGGAGCGAGCUGCUUCCAUGUUUCUUUUGUUUACUAUACUGAACUUUCACAAGAUCUAUGCUGCUGAAUUCGGCUCCAUUUCAGGUUCAAUGUUCUUAACAGAGGGAGACACGUUGGUCUCGAUGACUGGAGUUUUUGAACUGGGAAUUUUUAAGCCAGAAGGAUCCGAGAACAGAUAUCUUGGUAUCUGGUACAAGAAAAUAGCUCCUCAAACCGUGGUUUGGGUUGCUAACAGAAACCGCCCGCUUCCAGGUGCAUCACCACUUGUGUUAAGAGUUUCUGAUCCCGGAAGCCUUGUCCUGUUUAACAGUCAAAGCAUGAUCUGGUCAUCCAACACAACGUUGACAUCAAGCAAUGCAACUGCAAAGCUUUAUGACAAUGGAAAUUUGGUCUUGUUGGACCAACAAGAGAAGGUGAUCUGGCAGAGUUUUGAUUAUUUAACUGAUACUCUUCUUCCUGGCAUGAAGUUAGGGAAAGAUUUCGUGAGGGGUAUUGAAUGGCAUCUAUCGUCAUGGAAAAGUAAUCAGGAUCCAGCUCCAGGUGCAUUCACGUGGGGUGCGAACACAAGUGUUUAUCCUGAAAAUAAACUAAGACAAGGUGCAAUGGUUACAUUUCGGGGCGGGCCUUGGAGUAAUGAACGGUUUACUGGGGUUUCAGUCUUCAGUACAGUCUUGACCUUUACAUACGACGUAGUCGUUACUGAAAGAGAGGUGUCUUUUUCUUAUAAUCUUGAAAACCGUUCUUCUCUACUAUCAAGGGUCACCUUGAAUUCUUCAGGGGAUUUUAUUAGUUGGGCGUGGGUAGAAGAAAGUAAAAAGUGGCAAACUGUCUUGUCAUUGCCUAGAGAUAUAUGCGAUACAUACAACAUCUGUAGUGCAUAUGGAAAAUGUAAUGUUGAUUUAACACAACAGUCUUGUACUUGCUUAGAUGAGAAAAGAUUUGUGCCCAGGAGCAAAAGAGAUUGGGGAAUGGCCAAUUGGUCGGGUGGCUGUGUUAGGCGAACACCUUUGGAUUGCAAAAUUGGGUCAGAAGGAUUUAUCAAGUACUCCAAUGUAAAAUUGCCGGACACCCAGAAUACUUGGUAUAACACGAGCAUGACUCUGAAAGAAUGUGAAACCAAAUGCUUAAAGGAUUGUACUUGCAUGGCUUAUGCGAAUACAAAUGUCAGAGGUGAAGGAACUGUCUGCUUGAUUUGGCUCAGUGACCUUAUAGACAUCAGAGUGUUUCCUGAAGGCAGUGGCGGCCGGGAUAUUUAUGUAAGAAUGGCUUCUUCUGAAUUAGGCAAAGAGAAGAAAGGGGCACCCAUUAAAAUCAUAUUACCUUUGAUUUUUCUGGGGUUGCUUCUCUUGGGAGUCAGCAUUACAUGGUUUUGGUGUGCACGAAGAAAAAGGAAAUAUGCCGAUGAUAUGGCAGAAGAAGGAAAAUCUUUGAAUGUCUCCAAGGGCCAAGAAGAAGCCAUGGAGUUACCAAUAUUCAGCUUCUCUACAAUAGAAGAGGCCACAUCCAAUUUUUCUCCUGAAAAUAAAAUUGGAGAAGGUGGAUUUGGAGUUGUUUAUAAGGGUAGGCUAGAAGAGGGGAAAGAGAUAGCAGUCAAGCGUCUCUCCAGAUAUUCCAACCAAGGAGUUGAUGAGUUCAAGAACGAAGUCAUAUGUAUUUCGAAACUUCAGCAUCGAAAUCUUGUGAAGCUUCUCGGUUGCUGCAUACAAGGAGAUGAGAAGCUGUUGAUCUAUGAGUACAUGCCUAAUAAAAGUUUAGAUGCAUUUAUAUUUGAUAAAACACAAAGCAUGAUUCUUGAUUGGACUAAGCGCUUCAACAUUAUCAAAGGAAUUGCUCGAGGACUUCUUUACUUGCAUCAAGAUUCACGAUUAAGAAUAAUCCAUAGAGAUCUUAAAGCUAGCAAUGUUCUACUUGAUGAGGAUCUGAACCCUAAGAUAUCAGAUUUUGGAAUAGCUAGAAGUUUUGGAGGAAAUGAGACCCAAGCAAAUACAGAAAGAGUUGUUGGCACAUAUGGUUACAUGUCCCCAGAGUAUGCAUUAGAUGGUAUUUUCUCAACCAAGUCAGAUGUGUUUAGUUUUGGUGUUUUGGUCCUAGAGAUUGUCAGUGGGAAGAGAAACAGGGGAUUCGUUCAACCUGGGAGUGACAAUAAUCUUAUCGGACAUACAUGGAGUCUAUAUAGUGAAGGUAGAUCAAUGGAACUCAUUGAUUCAAAUAUAGCGGAAUCAUGUCGUUCAUCAGAAGUUUUAAGAUCAAUUGAAUUAGGAUUGUUAUGUGUUCAACAAAAUGCAGUGGAUAGGCCAAGUAUUUCGAAUGUCAUUCUGAUGUUGAGUGGUGAAGGUCCAUUGCCGCAACCUAAGCAACCAGUAUUUUUCAUGGAUAAGGAGUUUCUUGUAGCUGAUUUCUCUUCAGGCACUUACACUGGAGGUUCAGUCAACGGUAUAACUAUUACGGAGGUAGUUGCUCGAUAGAAGAUAAAUAACUAGGAUGACCUGUAUAGGCUAUAGCACACAUGACUUUAUAUUUCAAAAUUUUUAUAUAUUUGCAUUUGAAUGUCACGCUCUGUCACACUCUAGAUAACCUUGCUCACAGGAAAUGUAUGUACUUGUGUAUCUAAUGGAGUGUAGGAGUUCAUAUAGUACUUUCAAAUUCCAAA